AUGGACACCGUCGAACUUAACCCAAAACCUAAAUCCCUAACCCCGUGCGUCUCUCUUCUUUCGCUCUGUCUACCAUGCGCGCCCGCCGCUACCUGCCAAUCGCGCGCCUGCCGCCAGCGCCCCGCCGCCACCCCACGCGCGCCCCACCGCCCCCGCGCGCCGGCUCGUGUACUCCGCUGUUCGCUCCCAUUCCACUCUGGCCCAGCUGCGUGCUGCUCUGGCAUCGGCCGGUGGAUAAGCCCAGCAGGCAAGCAGACAGGAGACUUGGAGAGCUCAGCACUGCACGCACGCUCCCCUCCCCUUGCUGGCCAAAUUGAUCGCUCCCCUUCAGGCUCCAGGCUCCGGAGCUUGCUUUACUUCAGGUUGUCUAGCUGCAUGUUGAAGUAUAAUUCCGGAUGUAUCCUUGAAGUGUAAACAUUUAAGGAUUGUGUAAUUCUUUGGGUUCCAAGACCCAUUUUUAAAUUUUAAACAAUCCAAUUUUUGCUUGAAUGUAUCAUCAGAGAUUCGCAGUAGGGAACAUCAGAGAUUAAUAUUUCUUGUCCCUUGAAUGUAUCAUGGCUUGUUUAGAGGCGGGGGCAGCACUUUCUGAUCUCAAAUUUUGUUCUUCACUUCUAUUUAUUUCAUCAGAGA